UUAGUGACCACUCGUGUCACUUCGUCAAUCCCUCUCUCUAACUCUCUCUCUCUUCCAUCUUUCUGAUCACUUCGGCAUCUUCCAUCUUCCCCACUAUUCAUUCCUCUGUUAGGAAGCCGGAGUCGAUUUGAUUUUUUUCCCCGUUCGAACGGAAUAAAGUUUGAAUCUUUUCCCCAAAUGUCGUCGGCGAUGAAGGCAGUGAUGCUCAGAACGGCCGAUGUGCAGCCGUGGAACCGGCGGCUCUACAAGGGGAAGUACGCCGAUCAGAGAACUGACCUCGUUUUCGUGGUAGAAGCCGGGAGAAGAAUCGGAGUUCGUUGCCAGCAGGACGAUCGUAGCAGCAAUUCGUUUGCAGGCGACUCGGUGAUCCGCCGCAAGCCCGAUGUCGUUAGGCGCGAAACCAGAGUGAGAGUUCUGAGCAGCCCGAUUUCGGAGGAGAAGACGCCGACAAUUAAGAAGAGGGUUUUCACGUUUGGGAAAGGGAAAAGUGAAGGCAACAAGAGCAUGAAAUCAUUGCUCGGAGGGAAAGGAGCGAACUUGGCCGAAAUGGCGACGAUCGGGCUCUCAGUCCCACCGGGACUCACAAUCUCAACAGAAGCUUGCCAAGAAUACCAGGAAAACGGCAAAAGUCUCUCAAACGGUCUGUGGGGAGAAGUACUGGAAGGUCUGACCAUAGUGGAGAACGACAUGGGAGCUUCCCUCGGCGAUCCUUCCAAGCCCCUUCUCCUCUCCGUUCGCUCAGGAGCCGCCAUCUCAAUGCCUGGAAUGAUGGACACCGUCCUCAACCUCGGCCUCAACGACGAGGUCGCGGCGAGCUUGAGCGCCAAGAGCGGCGAGCGUUUCGCCUACGACUCCUACCGCCGAUUCCUCGACAUGUUCGGGAACGUGGUGAUGGGGAUUCCGCACUCCUUCUUCGACGAGAAGCUCGAAUCGAUGAAGGAAGCGAAGGGGGCGAGGCUCGACACCGACCUCUCGGCCUCCGAUCUCAAGGAACUCGUCGAGCAGUACAAACAGGUCUACAUUUCAGCGACCGGCGACGAAUUCCCUUCCGAUCCGAAGCAGCAGCUGCAGCUCGCGGUACAAGCCGUCUUCGAUUCGUGGGACAGCCCGCGAGCCAAUAAGUACAGGAGCAUCAAUCAGAUCACCGGAUUGAAAGGAACCGCGGUGAAUGUUCAGUGCAUGGUGUUUGGCAACAUGGGGAACACAUCAGGAACAGGGGUUCUGUUCACUAGAAACCCUAGCACCGGCGAGAAGAAGCUCUACGGCGAGUUCUUGAUCAAUGCUCAGGGCGAAGAUGUCGUCGCAGGGAUUCGAACUCCGGAGGAUAUCGAGGCGAUGAAGAAUUGCAUGCCGGAGGCUUACAAGGAGCUCGUCGAGAAUUGUGAGAUCCUCGAGCGGCAUUAUAAGGACAUGAUGGACAUUGAGUUCACAGUCCAAGAAAACAGGCUAUGGAUGCUGCAGUGUCGAUCGGGAAAGCGUACCGGAAAAGGCGCGGUGAAGAUCGCCGUCGAUAUGGUGAACGAAGGGCUAAUCGAUACUCGUAUCGCGGUCACCAGAGUCGAACCGCAGCACCUCGAUCAACUUCUACAUCCACAGUUUGAGUCUCCGGCCAACUACAAGGACAAAGUGAUGGCAAUCGGCCUGCCCGCUUCGCCGGGUGCAGCCGUCGGGCAAGUCGUGUUCUCUGCAGAAGAUGCAGAGGCAUGGCACGCGCAAGGAAAGAGCGCGAUUCUGGUGAGAACCGAGACGAGCCCGGAGGACGUCGGAGGGAUGCACGCCGCGGCCGGGAUCCUGACGGCGAGAGGCGGUAUGACGUCGCACGCCGCCGUCGUGGCUCGAGGAUGGGGGAAAUGCUGCGUCUCCGGCUGCGCCGAUAUCCGCGUCAACGAUGCUGAGAAAAUUGUGGUGAUUGGGGAUAAGUUGGUCAAAGAAGGGGAGUGGAUUUCGCUGAAUGGAUCGACCGGAGAAGUUGUAUUAGGAAAGCAGCCGCUAGCUCCUCCUGCUUUGAGCGGCGAUCUGGAGACGUUCAUGGCUUGGGCUGAUGAGAUUCGAAGGAUUAAGGUCAUGGCGAAUGCUGAUACUCCGGAAGAUGCUCUCACCGCUAGAAACAAUGGCGCUCAAGGGAUUGGACUCUGCAGGACAGAGCACAUGUUCUUUGCUUCCGAUGAAAGGAUCAAGGCAGUGAGGAAGAUGAUAAUGGCGGAGACACAAGAGCAAAGGAAAGCAGCAUUGGACCUGUUGUUGCCUUACCAGAGGUCAGACUUCGAGGGCAUUUUCCGCGCCAUGGAUGGUCUUCCAGUGACGAUAAGGCUGCUGGACCCUCCGCUGCACGAGUUUCUUCCCGAGGGCGACUUGGAUCAGAUCAUCGGAGAGCUGACGGCUGACACGGGAAUGACGGAAGACGAAGUCUUUGCCCGAAUUGAGAAGCUGUCGGAGGUGAAUCCGAUGCUUGGAUUCCGAGGUUGCAGGCUGGGAAUCUCGUACCCUGAGCUAACCGAGAUGCAGGCACGAGCUGUGUUCCAGGCCGCGGUUUCGAUGACCCAUCAGGGCAUCAAGGUUUUCCCUGAGAUCAUGGUUCCCCUUGUUGGAACUCCACAGGAGUUGGGGCAUCAGAUUGGUGUGAUACGAGAAGUAGCGAAGAAGGUGUUCUCCGAGACAGGUCUCACAUUGACAUACAAAGUCGGGACCAUGAUCGAGAUCCCCAGAGCAGCUCUAGUUGCCGACGAGAUAGCAAAGCAAGCUGAGUUCUUCUCGUUCGGAACCAACGACUUGACCCAGAUGACAUUCGGGUAUAGCAGAGAUGAUGUGGGCAAGUUCCUCCCCACAUACUUGGCCCAGGGCAUUCUCCAGAGCGAUCCAUUUGAGGUUCUUGACCAGAAAGGAGUUGGCCAACUCAUUAAGAUGGCCACCGAAAAGGGCCGGUCAGCCAGGCCUAGCUUGAAGGUGGGGAUAUGUGGAGAGCAUGGAGGGGAGCCAUCAUCCGUAGCGUUCUUUGCAGAAGCUGGACUGGAUUAUGUUUCCUGUUCACCUUUUAGGGUUCCAAUUGCUAGGCUAGCAGCAGCUCAAGUUGCAGUUUGAAGUUGGUAGGAAUGGAAGGAAAGAACUCACAGAAAGAAGCAGCUGGUGAAGUUUGUCAUUCAUUCAUGGCUAAUUGGGUGGAUUAUGUAUAUAAUUAAUUGAUUCUCCAGACCUCAGUACUUACUUGCGGAACAAGCAAAGGAGGGUUUAAGUAGAAUAAUAAUACUCUGCUCUACUUUUAUCCAAUUCCUGAUAGGUGGGGAAUUGUAAGCCCCAGGGAGAAGGUGCUGAACUCUGUGAUCGUGAAUAACUGCUGCUUUACUUCCUUCCGGGGUUUUUUUUGGGCAGAUUAUUCUGCGUAUACAUUAUACAAGAUGGAAAUAACACGUAAAAAUGUAUGAAGUUUGUCUCAGUAAGCUUACUUUUGGUCAUAAUACUAGGUUGAGUGUGAAAUGCAUGGAUGUUUCGCAGAAUCUAUUAAGAGAUACUCCAAGUUCUCCGAGCUCUGAAGGAUGGCCACUUCAGCAGAAGAGUCGAGCUGUCAUUACACCUUUCUAUGCCACAGACGGCAAGCCAUUUCUAGCCCUUCAAUGGCACCGUCUCAGUUCAUUGCAUUUGCAUAGGCACCCAACAAGAGUUCCUUGUUGCUGGCUUGCUGCUGUGUCUAGUUAUUCUAUUCAGUCGCCCUGCUAGCUUUGUAAGCGUUUAACAGUUACACCUGGACAUCGCGAAACAGACAAAUGUUCUUUGUACUCCAUCGUGAACUCACCUCUCCCCUGUGCAUCAUUUAAUCAACAACAUUAUCAGCAAAAAAAAAAAAAGUAAUGCGGAUGUCAGAUAUACUUGCAGACACCUUCCUCACAUCAGUCCUGCAAGCACUCCAUCGUGAAGUUCACGCGCUUCUCGAAUAGAGUCCAUAUUAGAAAGGCAUUUCAUAGCCAACACUAUCAGAAUCUCCAUAUUGUGAUAUGACUACAAGGAAUCCGGAUACAACGUUGAAAAGGCAGAAUAUUACCUUACCUGAGGCACAAUCAAUCCAUCCCAAACACAGCAACGACUACUUGCCCAGCAUGUGCUUCUUCAAUGUACUGCAGAAUAUUACAGGAAAGGAACACAUUCUACAGCGAUUCUUACCAGCACUUAUGACCGACAACAACAAGAAACAUUCGGCUUUCUUCCUGAAUAGUCAUUGAUCAUCAAUGGCUAACACUUCCACUUGCCAUAAAUCAAUGAAAGCUACAAAUUUGAAGAUACCUGCCUCACAACCUUGCAGGGAUCUGCUCCCAUACGAUCAAGCUUUGCUAAUAAACGCAACACGAGGCACCUCGUAUCUCCACAUUUGCCUAUCAACAGUUUACUGACUCACUUUGCACUCCUCCAACACUACACAAACACAAGAAUGGCACCAUCCAGCACACUAAAAGCUCUCUCCACCUCGAUAGUGAAGUCAACGUGGCCUCCUGGUGUAUCGAUUAUAUUGACCUAUCCCAUUUUCAAUCACUAAAUCCGUCAACGAGACUUCUUAUCUUUCGCCAUUCCAAGUCCAUUGAGUCCAUCUUAGCUCCGACAAUGUCGAGACCAUGAACCUCGUGUAUCUCGUGAAUCCGGCCGGUGUAGUAGAGGAUUCGCUCAGUGCAGGUUGUUCCCCCGAUUUAGAGUGUGAAACGGCG